AUGGUAUUUGCUGUUUCCACCACCGCCACUGAAGGCAAGGCCCCAAAGAUCUUGACUGUUCGUGAGGUCUAUCAGCCUCCAUCAGCAAGUCGGAGCAAUGGUCGUGUGGUACCAAUCAAACAUGAAAAUCAGGUAGACUUUGGAGCCGAGAUCUAUGGUAUCGAUCUCAACAACUUCAACUCAGCAGACUUCGAUCUCAUCUCUGAUGCGCUCCACCGUCACAAGCUGCUUGUGUUCAAAGAGCAGCCACAGAUGCUGACGCCCCAACAGCAAUAUCGCUUGACUUCAUGUUUGUUGUUCAAUAGCUUUGACCCCGACGAAAAGACUGGAGGCUUCGCCCACGGCGCCGACCCAGUGCUUCUUUCCGAUAAGGGAGUCACGAUAUAUGGCCUGCCCAAUCGACCAGCCAUUAACGCUCAGCCCCAGGUGCACAUUCUGGGCCGCGGCGAAGUUCCCCAGGACCAUUUCGAUUUCCCGCCAGGAUUCCAAGUGAAGGGAAUUGACCACGUCAAUUUUCAUCUUCCACCUCACACCCCACAGGAGGAGCGAGAUGCAGGAUCCAGCCGCUUGUACCAGUGGCACUGGGAUGGGUCCCUGUACAAGAUUCCUCCACCACGUGUAGGUUGUCUUCUGGCGGUUCGCACGCCCAAAGGCCCCGAUGUCACCGUGCACUGGGGUGAUGGGACGGGAAGAACCAUGAAUAUCGCGCCGGGGGCAACCGCGAUGGUUGCAGGAUCGAGGGCACUGCAAGUCUUGGAUCCGGAGUUGCGUGAGCUUGUUCUAAACAGUCGUAUUGAGUACGCACCGCACGCUUUCCAGUGGAUGUCAACGGUGCGUAGCACUCGACUUGGUCACCUUAUUGAAACCGAGGGCCGUGAGAUGCCGUUAGAUAAGCUUUCGCCAUGGAUAGAAGAUGAGAUCUGUAUCUACCCCAUGGUCUGGACUAAUCCGGUAACGGGGGAGAAGUCUUUGCAGGUUCACGGCCAGGGCGCAUCCAAGCUGUAUCUGAAAAGCAACCCCAAAGACGAGGAAACUGUUGUCAGUGACUUGAAAGAAGUCCGCGCUUUUUUGGACAAUCCUGUUCUGUCACCAGAAAAUAUCUACGCGCAUCCUCACGAGAAGCAAGAUGUCAUUCUCUGGUACAACCGGGCAUUAUGGCAUAGCAUUACCGAGUUCCCAGAAUCAUAUGGGCCGCGGAUCAUGCAUCAGUGCAAUAUUGCAGCAUCGGAUCACCCGUCAGUAUAG